CACACACACACACACACACACAUGCAGACACAUACACACACUCCAACCCACCCACUCCGGUCCCUCCUCAACUCAUGGUAUCGUCCGACGCUCAAGGAGAGAGAGAGAGAGCGCAGUUGUUGGCUGCAGGUCGCUCGGAGAGUGACGCACACAGCGGCUGAGAACACAACACUAGAACCCGGUCUUUAUUCUGUGUCUACUGCUCACAGAGCGAGUCUGAUUCUCUCCUCGUCUCUGCCUGGCAUUGUCAUCAACUUGGGGAAUACAAACUGCUUCGAAGCUGUAUCUCAGAGGCCCACCUUGGCAGUUAGAGGAGAGGUCAUCACCAUGACAGCGUCCUCGCAGGACUCCAUCCCCUCGUCUAUGGCCAGCCUCUUCCUGCUCCUCCUCCUCCCAGCUGCCUUCACGCAGAACUUUGCCGUCCCGACGACCCCGACUGCAUCGUUGUUUGACCCGCUGACCCAACCGGAGUGCAUGAAGAAAGAACAUCCAAAGGUUUCCAUCCAAGCACUCAGUCCGUGGAUCUCCAUUUUUUCCCACCCUGGCGUGAGAGACUACUCCCAGCUCACCCUUGACCUGACUAGAAAUGAGCUUAUUGUGGGUGCCAGAAACUACCUGUUCAGACUGGACCUCAGUAACAUGUCGCAGAUACAGGCGACAGAGUGGGCACCGGACGAGGAAACCAGGAGGUCCUGUCAGAGCAAAGGCAAAACAGAGAUUGAGUGUCAGAACUACAUCAGAGUCCUACUGGUGAACAAGACGGAGGUGAUGACCUGCGGAACCAAUGCUUUCCAGCCACUAUGUAUCACCAGAGAGGUGGGAAACAUGAGCAGCGUCCUGGAGCGGGUAAACGGUGUUGCGCGAUGCCCGUAUGACCCUCGCCACAACUCCACGGCGGUGGUGACGGAGAGCGGAGAGCUGUACGCCGCCACCGUCAUCGACUUCUCUGGCCGUGACCCCGUCAUAUACCGCAGCCUGGGCGGCAUGCCACCUCUGCGGACAGCACAGUACAACUCGAAAUGGCUCAAUGAGCCCCACUUCAUCUCAGCUUAUGACAUCGGCCUCUUCACCUUCUUCUUCCUGAGGGAGAACGCAGUGGAGCACGACUGCGGCAAGACUGUGUAUUCCCGCGUGGCACGAGUCUGCAAGAAUGAUAUCGGCGGGAGAUUCCUCCUCGAGGACACCUGGACCACGUUCAUGAAGGCGAGGCUUAACUGCUCCCGCUCCGGGGAGAUCCCAUUCUACUACAAUGAACUGCAGAGCACCUUCUACCUGCCCGAGCAGGACCUCAUCUACGGCAUCUUCACGACCAAUGUCAACAGUAUUGCAGCAUCUGCGGUGUGUGCCUUCAACCUGAGCGCCAUCACCCAGGCCUUCAACGGGCCCUUCCGCUCACAGGAGAACCCUCGCUCCACCUGGCUCCCCACACCCAACCCGGUCCACAACUUUCAGUGUGGUACUAUAGAUGAUGAGGGUCCCAAUGAAGGUUUGACGGAGCGCAGCCUGCAGGAUGCCCAGAGGCUCUACCUGAUGAACGACGUGGUCCAGCCAGAGUCUGUUGAUCCGCUUGUCAUGCAGGAUGAUGUUCGCUUCUCCAACCUGGUUGUGGACAUUGUUCAGGGCAUGGACACUCUCUACCAUGUUAUGUACAUCAGCACAGAAUAUGGCACCAUCUUAAAGGCACUGGCUACACCUAAUAAGAACCUGCAAGGUUGUUACUUGGAGGAGAUGGAGCUUCUUCCGCCGGGUGUCCGAGAACCAAUCCUGAGCCUGCAGAUCCUGCACAGCGACAGGUCACUUUUUGUUGGGCUCAACGACCGAGUCUUGAAAAUCCCACUGGAGAGGUGCUCCACCUACAAAACUGAGACCUUGUGCUUGGAGGCGAGGGACCCCUACUGUGGCUGGGACUUCAGACAGCGCAGAUGCACCACACUGGAGGACAGCUCCAACAUGAGCCAGUGGAAGCAGAACAUCACCGUUUGUCCGCUGCGGAACCAAACAACCAAUGGUGGCUUUGGAUCCUGGGCGCCAUGGCAACCCUGCAACAAUGAUGACGGCGUGGACGGUGUGAGCUCCUGUUUGUGUCGCUCCAGGUCUUGUGACAGCCCUGCACCUCGAUGUGGAGGCAAAAACUGUGAGGGCCCCACCAUCGAAGUCUCCAACUGCUCAAGAAAUGGAGGCUGGACGCCCUGGUCGUCAUGGGGACAGUGCAGCACAACUUGUGGCACGGGCUUCGAGCUGCGCCAGCGUUCUUGUAACAACCCUUCACCUCGCCAUGGUGGCCGCGUGUGCGUGGGUCCAAGCAGAGACGAGAGAUUCUGCAAUGAAGGGGUGCCCUGUCCUCAGCCAAUCUUCUGGUCCCCAUGGGGCUCCUGGACUAAGUGCAGCACAGAGUGCGGGGGAGGCGUCCACUCCAGGGUCCGCACCUGUGAGAAUGGCAACAGCUGCCCAGGAUGUGCACUGGAGUACAAGGCCUGUAACCUGGAGGCGUGUCCGGAGGUGAAGAGGAACACACCUUGGACGCCAUGGAUGCCCGUCAACGUGACUCAGGGCGGAGCUCGUCAGGAGCAGAGGAUGCGCUACAUGUGCCGGGCCCACCUGUCCGACCCCCACGAGCUGCAGAUCGGACGCAGGAAGGUGGAGACGCGCUUCUGUCCCAACGAUGGCACAGCAGCAUGCGAAACAGAUACCCUCGUGGAGGAGCUCCUGAAGACGCCGGUGGUAAGGGUGGCGGGUGCUGGCUGGUCGUCAUGGGAGACGUGGUCGAGCUGCUCGCAGAGUUGUGCCAAAGGCUACCGCACCCGUCGGAGAACCUGCUCCGGACCGGAGGGGAAGAGUGCCCCCGUCGCGUGCCGUGGAUCACCUGUGGAGUACCAAGACUGUAACGUCCAGGCAUGUCCUGUAAACGGUGCGUGGUCUUGCUGGUCGUCUUGGUCUCAGUGCUCAGUGGGUUGUGGCGGCGGUCACUACCAACGCACACGCUCCUGUAACAGCCCUACCCCUGCCAAUGGAGGGGACAUCUGCAUAGGACUGCACACCGAAGAGGCCCUGUGUAACACACACACCUGUGAUGGUGGCUGGAUGGCCUGGUCGCUGUGGUCAGCGUGCGAUGAUUCAGGCUUGCAGAUGAGGAGUCGGGUGUGUGGUGCUCAGGGCAACACCCCCUGUGUGGGGAACAGCACUCAGCGCAGAGACUGCAAUGAAAUACCUGUCAUUCUCCCUGCAUCUGGUUUUGAUAAGGACCAACACUGUGGAGCAUUCACCUCCAUCCAUCUAAUCGCCACCGGUGUUUCCUGUUUCCUCGGGGCGGGGCUGCUGUCCUUCCUGAUCUAUGUCUACUGUCAGCGGGUCCACAAGCCUUCGCAGGAGUCCGCCAUCAUUCACCCCACCACCCCGAACCACCUUAACUACAAGGGCAACACCACGCCAAAGAACGAGAAGUACACGCCCAUGGAGUUCAAGACGCUGAACAAGAACAACCUGCUACCAGAUGAAAGAUCCAACUUCUACCCAACGCCGCUCCAGCAGACAAACGUCUACACGACUACCUACUAUCCCACAGCGCUCGGCAAAUACGACUACCAGCCCAAUUCCUCCCCUUCGCCAUGCAGGACCUACAACCACAGCAACAACAGCUGAGACAAGCCCACAACUGGGUCUCCGUUCCCCCUCUUCCCCUGUCCCAUCAUGCCACUGCCCCAAACAGACACCGCCCCGAUACCACGGUGACAUAAAUGUACCGACAUGAACGAAAACGCUUCUCAGAACUUCGACCAGAUUCCUCUGUUCGUCACCACCCCUCUCAUCGCUCCCAUAGUCUUCAGCAAGAGCAAUUCUGGUUUUCUUUUCAUCAGGAAUGUGGGUUUGGACGAAAAGGCCCGUGUCCUGGUGCAGUCAGGGACAACCAGCUGGGGGUGUUCACAUUGGGAAACGAGCAGAAAACUCUAGCAAGACAAGUUAUGGAUUUAGACAGCUUGUUAUGACCAGAACACCUCAGCAGUGCUGAGUCGAGCAUCCACAAUACCAGAACCGGACAUGAACAGAACAUUUUAAAAAUAUAUAUUACAUUCCUCUGGAUCUGGGUCACCAUUUCACGCCUCUCCAUCACUAACCACAUUCUCAGCCUGUCAUGAACUUUGUCGAGUCCCUCGACAACAAAAGCACUGAGAGUGAAAGGCGCAUAUCGUCACGUCCAGAACAUCGCAAAAUGAGAAAACAACAACCAACUGAACUGUAAAAUGAAUGAAGCCGGCAAGGACGUAUAUUGGAGAUCAAAAUCAGUUUGGUUGUUAAGGGCGGAUUCACUGCAUUGUUGGUAUUUCAUUUGACAGGAAAGGCAGGUGUUUGGAAGACUAAACAUCAGCCACCAUAGAAUCCAAUUUUGAUCAGUGUCACACAUCUUUUGUGGAGAUCUCAUUAAAUCAGAGCAAAGGGGAUUGUGGGAAGCGUUCUGAACUGUACAUAAAGCUUUGGGAAUGCCUUGGGUGCCUGUAUGCAAUAGAGGGCAGGGGCGAGGUUUGUUUUCUUUCUAUUUCUUCUGUUUGAUUUUUUUUUCCAAGAACAAUAAAAGACUUCUGAAAGGGAAUUGAUUGAUUCUCCAAUCGAUUCUCCAAUGGAUGCAUCGAUUCUACUGAGUGAUAAAUAGCUCGGUGGUCAUAUCAAAUAUGGCCAGUGUGCUGAACAACUGGAUUGGGUUUUUCUAUGAUGGUAGAAUAAGCUAGUAGACUGGCACUUCUUUUUUUAAUGUUUGUUUUUUAAGAUGAUACCUGUUUUAUUCUCAGACGAGCCGUAGCAUAGGAGGAAAUAUUUUGUUAAAUAAAAUCUAGCUGAUUAAUUCUCGUUUCUCUAAUUUCACAUAUUCCUUUUUGUUUUCUUGAUUUUUGUUUUUCCAGACAUUUGGUAACCAUUGCAUCUUCAAUACAUGAAAUGUUAACACAAAUAUAAAACAAUAAAAAUGACACCGGAAAUGGUUUUUACAAAGAAUGACUGGAACAAAACAAUAAUUUGGCUCUGCUUGAACAGAAAAUAAGAAGAAGAAAACUAAAUUAUGCUUGCUUAGUUUGCCUGUGUGAAGAUCAAAAUGAGUGUGUGUGGGCGCGCAUGCGUACUGUGUGUGUGCGUGCGUACUAAGUGUCUGUAUGCCUGAAUGGACAAAGGUGGAUUGCUGUAUUUUGUACAAUGUAAAUGCUUUCAUACAUAUGACUAUAUAUGAGGAGGUCUGCAAAUUUUGUUGUGUGCAUUUUUUUUUUUCCACAUUCUGUCGCUGACACUCCAGGCAGUUUUUCUAUAUUUCAUGUAUGAGAUGUUAAUCAUUGUAAGUUAAAGCAUCGCGCCUCUGGUUCCUGCAGAGUUGGAACGGACACUAUUUAUAGUCAGAGCUUGGUUUAUAAAGGGCAUUUUCACAGCUAUAUUUUAUUAUUAUUAUUGCCUGAUCAAUGAAUGCUAACCCAGCAAUGCUUUUCAGUUCAGCUACUGUACAUGCACGAGAUGAGAGCUCUAUCUGUAUAUAGGAGCAACAGCCUUCUUGCAGCCCAUUUAAUGACCUUGCAGAAGAUCGUGUAAAUGUAUCUGUAUAUUGUAUAGCUAACACUGUUUGUUUAAAAAAAAAAAAAAAAAAAAGCCUUAUAGUUGUUUAAAAAAAGUGCAGCAGCUAAGUACACACCAACCAUGAGGUUUGUUUGGGGACAGAGCUCCACAAUGUGACCGACCGCCUGUGGCUUAUGACCUUUCCCAGCUGCUCAAACAUCAAAUUUCCAGAGACACAGACUGAAAAUAACUCUACGUAGCACUAAUAAUGUCAGAGUAUCAAAUAUUAGGCUGCACAUAUAAUGGAGAAAUUGAAUUUAAAAGAUGAUUUGAUCUAAUAAAGCCUUUAUUGGCCUUGGUCUGAAAGCCAGUCAUCUGAUGGGUCAGUUCUGAGCUCUGUCCCCUGCGAUGUGAGGCUCUGUGCCCUUCUAUGCAACUUACCAGGUGUACUGUUAGACCUGUCAUGUAGACUGUAAUCACUGCCUUUUAGACACUGUGAAUUUUUUGGUACCCUAUAUUUUUGUAUAUUGUACAUUAUAAAGGAUAAUAAACCUUGAUGCCAACACA